CAUGGUAGAACCUGGCACCAUUAGCAGACUCAGAGCAGGACACAACAUGUUCAUGGGGCGUAAUGACGAACACAGUCAAGGGGGAAUGAGGUUUUAAAAGGAAAGAGCAUCGAGGCAGUUUCUGAGACCUGCUAAAUCUGUCCCUGGAGCUUCUUUCGGAGAAGAAACAGAAGCCUACUUUUUAACCCAGAUCUUGCUACUCCAGUGAAUGAAGUUCAGAGGAGAACAUCAAAGAAGUAUGAAGCCUGCAGGUACCAGCACAGAGAUUUCCUUGUUCAGCAAUAUCCUAUCAGCAUAUUCCUUCAUCACAGAAAACCCUGAACGAGCUGCCCUCUGUUUUGUGUCUGGGAUUUGCAUUGGACUUCUCUUGACCUUGUUGGCUUUAGUUGUCCAAAUCUCCUGUCAAACUGAUUGCAAACAGUCAUCAACCCAAAGGCCAUCAUGCAACAGUGACGGUAGCUGGAGUGACAGUGACUCAGAUACCACCUCAGACCUGUCCAUGCGACGGCAACGUCGAUUUGAACGGACUUUGAACAUGAAUGUCUUUACUUCAGCUGAGGAGCUUGAGAGAGCGCAACGGCUGGAGGAAAGGGAGCGCAUCAUCCGAGAGAUAUGGAUGAAUGGCCAGCCAGAUAUUCCAGGAACCAGGAGCCUCAAUCGCUACUACUGAUGGCAAAAAAUAGGACUGAUCUCACGGGGUCUCUUAAGUCUGCUGGAAAGAGGACUGAAGUCCUAUUCUAGAAAGGCAAUAUUUUUACUUUACCCUUUCAGUCUAAGGACAACCUUUUUCAAUAUUUUGCUCAGGUUGCAGAGUUGGAGGAGAGGGCGGGUUUGUUCCUUCUCAAUACUUUUUGUUGCUGCUGCUGCAAGAGCUGAUGAGUGAUACAUAAAAAUGCGCACAAAUAUUCUCUCCUCUUCCCUCCCAACUAAUUUUUCUAAAGAUAGUUAGUAUUUUUAGCUUCUUCUUCUUUAGACUUCACUUUCAAAUUUGGUGCCCAAAAUGACCUGAGGAAACAACAUUACUAAACUCCCUGGUCUCCUUGAUGUUACUGUUAAAAAAUGAAUGGGAAACUGGCAAGCUGCAAACAUUUGCCAGAUAACUUAUUUCCAACAUGGUCUGGGGUCCUCCUAUAGAAAUCAGAGGGGUUCUUUGAAGAUAAAAUGGCGAGUGAUUGCAGUUGGUGCUUUGUUUGUUGCCUGCUUUGUGAUUGGCCACAUUCACCAUGGCAUGACAGCCAUUUCCUGAGAGUGUCUAUCUCUUCUAAAUUUCAAAUGUUUACCCAUUGGGACAAAAAGGUUGAGAACCAUUGUUCCACCAGAUCAUUUUUUCCUGCUGCCGUUCAUAGGAGGAAUCAGAGUUCUGCUUCUCCCAUGCAGCUGAUGCCUUCUGGGGAAAGCAAGUAGGGCUCUGAUUAAAUGAAGGAGUCGGGUAUGUCCUUCUCAGCUGUGCUCUAUAAAUCUUCCUCACCCUGCAGAUUUGCUGAAAUUAAGCUAUCCAUCUCCUUAAUUCUGACAAUCACAGUCCUCCCCUGGUUAACCACCAUCUUCACCAACUAUUUUUCUUGAAUUUUUAUUGGAAAUAAAGGGAUAUACUGUACAAGAUGAAAGGCUCACUUUAUAUUUUAGAAAAUGUGAGGUUUAUGGUUGGAAUCUUUCUCCAGGCACAUGUCUAAAAUAUGAAUUUUAAGCUGCUUAAUGUUUUAAUAAUAAAAACCUGCUAGAUAUUAUGACUGCCCUGCCCCUUACCAACCAGAAAAGCAGAUCUAAAAUAAAAUAUACAGUUUCUGAGGUCUGUGGGAAGUUAUGGACGAAAAACAUAAAAAAACCUGGAGCAAUCACUGGCAGCACUUUUCCAUAGUUCAGGAGAAAGAAAAUUGGUGUAAUGCUUGUAGGCAUUCAUACUUACCCAUAAGCUGUAAUUAACGAAGCAUCCAAGUGUGCCUUAAUAGAAGACAACCUGAUAAAAGAGAUAUAGAAGCAGAAAGGUGAACAACUAUCCCAUGACUUUGAAAAGUCAUUGACCUAAUUUUUCUUUCUUUCCCACAGAUGCUUCAAAACCGGGCAUUUCCACAUUAUGAAAUCAGCUUGCUAGUGGCACAUUCACUAAUACAUUAUGUUAUUUAAGACUGUUUUAAAUCUUGCUUCAGUGGCAGCAUUUUCCCCCCUGACAACUCUGGGAUGUAAAAUUCUCCUCUCAACUCAAGUUCCCAUAUUCCUCCUCCUUGCUGUUAUUUUCUAUUGAGUCUUCUUCCAAUCAGGAAUUUUAUAUUAUUAUAGGAAUUGUGUAAGUUUCAAAUACAUUGUUAACAACCUCAAAAUGAUUUUCAGGAUUUUGAGUUCCUAUAUGUGUGUACAUAUGCUAUUUGAAAGUACUGAUUAAAAUUGUUUUCUUAUUACU